GGGCGGUACCGGGGGCGGGCGAGGCGCGGAGGCUGCGGUCGCCCGUGAUGGCGGCGGCGGCUGCGGCCCCGUCUCGCUCCGUGCACUGGUUCCGCCGCGGGCUGCGGCUCCACGACAACCCGGCGCUGCAGGCGGCGCUGCGGGGAGCCGCCUCCCUCCGCUGCAUCUACAUCCUCGACCCCUGGUUCGCCGCCUCCUCCGCCGUGGGCAUCAACCGCUGGCGAUUUCUGCUCCAGUCCCUGGAAGAUCUGGACAACAGCUUAAGGAAACUCAAUUCUCGCUUGUUUGUGGUGCGAGGACAGCCAACAGAUGUCUUCCCAAGACUCUUUAAAGAAUGGGGAGUCACUUGUCUCACCUUUGAAUACGACUCGGAGCCAUUUGGUAAGGAGAGAGAUGCAGCUAUUGUCAAACUGGCCAAGGAGGCUGGCGUGGAGGUGGUGAUCGAGAACUCCCACACACUGUAUGACCUGGACAGAAUAAUUGAGCUGAAUGGCAACAAGCCACCUCUCACCUACAAGCGCUUCCAGGCCAUCAUUAGCCGUAUGGAGCUCCCAAAGAAGCCAGUGAGCAGCGUAACAAGCCAGCAGAUGGAGACGUGUAAAGUGGACAUCCAGGAGAAUCACGAUGAUGUGUAUGGGGUCCCAUCCCUGGAAGAGCUGGGCUUCCCCACAGAUGGUCUUGCCCCUGCAGUUUGGCAAGGAGGGGAGACAGAAGCUUUGGCGCGGCUGGAUAAACAUUUGGAAAGAAAGGCAUGGGUUGCAAAUUACGAAAGACCAAGGAUGAACGCCAAUUCAUUGCUGGCCAGCCCUACAGGACUCAGUCCCUACCUGCGUUUUGGCUGUUUGUCCUGCCGCUUAUUUUACUAUCGUCUCUGGGAGCUGUAUAAGAAGGUGAAGCGAAACAGCACUCCUCCCCUCUCUCUGUAUGGACAGCUUCUCUGGCGGGAAUUUUUCUACACAGCAGCCACAAACAACCCAAAGUUUGAUCGCAUGGAGGGGAACCCCAUCUGCAUUCAAAUCCCCUGGGACAAGAACCCUGAAGCCUUGGCAAAGUGGGCAGAGGGCAAGACAGGUUUCCCUUGGAUCGAUGCAAUCAUGACCCAGCUGAGACAGGAAGGGUGGAUCCACCAUUUGGCCAGGCACGCUGUGGCCUGCUUCCUGACGAGGGGCGACCUCUGGAUCAGCUGGGAGUCAGGAGUCAGGGUAUUUGAUGAACUGUUGCUGGAUGCAGAUUUCAGUGUAAAUGCAGGCAGCUGGAUGUGGCUUUCAUGCAGCGCGUUCUUCCAGCAGUUCUUCCACUGUUACUGCCCCGUGGGCUUUGGACGUCGCACAGACCCCAGUGGUGACUAUGUUAAGAGAUAUUUGCCCAAACUAAAGGGCUUCCCCUCACGAUACAUCUACGAACCGUGGAAUGCCCCAGAGUCUGUGCAGAAGGCAGCCAAGUGCAUCAUUGGGGUGGACUACCCCAAACCCAUGGUGAACCAUGCUGAGACCAGCCGGCUGAACAUUGAGCGCAUGAAGCAGAUCUACCAGCAGCUAUCACGCUACAGGGGGCUCUGCUUACUGGCAUCAGUCCCUUCAUGUGUGGAAGAUCUCAGUGGCCCAGUUGCAGACUCAGCUUCAGGGCAGGGCAGCAGCACCAGUGCAGCAGUGAGACUGCCGCAAUCUGACCAGGCUUCGCCAAAGCGCAAACACGAGGGAGAAGAGCUGUGCACUGAAGAACUGUACAAACGAGCCAAAGUGACAGGCCUCCCUGCUUCAGAGAUCCCUGGCAAGAGUUUAUGAUUCCAGCAAUAUGCAGCUUGUAAGUGAAGAGUAAGAGUGUUGGAGGUGACCCGAAGAGUACAGGCUGCUGCAACCACAGAAGAACUGCAACUUGUGAUCUGCAACAGAAAAUCUGGGGCGUCUCAUAAAACUGUGUAAUUCCAAUAGCUGCCACAGAAGGGCACUGUGUUACUUGUACUUGGGAAUAUUUGGCUUUCUGCUCUCCAAAGAGCUAAAUAUGUCUCUUCUCAGCCAUGCCCAAAAUCUCCCCUCAUUGAAGAGGGCAAAAGCUUUCUUUCAGCUUGUUCACUCCCAAGUGUAUCUGUCGUUUCUGACAAUGGAUCAGCACAUGUGACUUGCUGCAUUGAUAGAGGGAGCAGCACAUCUCAAAAAUAGUGAAUGUCCUUUCUCAUUGCUAGUACUAGGCAGCAGGGCAUGCUAAGAUAAAUUCAGUAGUUGUGAAGGAGAAGAAAGCUGCUGGAAUAUCAAAGGUUGAGUACCCAUCCUAAAAGAAAACAGGAAAAUCUCUGUUUCUCUAGGUUAGACUGGUGGGGAUGUAAACACUUUCCAAGUAAAUCAAGGUGGUACAUGUGUGGGGAUGAAAAUGAAAGGAAGGAUAACUGUAGUAGCAGAACAAAGAGAUACAAACUGUCUGUGCUUUUAAAAGGCACUUAGAACUUUCCCUGAAGAGGAAUCUUACUAGUGCAAGGUGAGCCAUAGUGCUGUUGCCUGCAACUGGCAGCUUCAGAGCAGCUUGCCAUUUCAGGGAGAUGACUCUGAGAGAAGUAGGAAUUCUUUGGAGAAUAAGGGUCUACUUUGAUAUGAUUAAAGCAGUCUCCCAAAAGCUUGCUGAUCCACAUAAUGAGUGAGCUGUACCCUGUAGGGGAACAGUCCUGGGCUCAGGGCUUUACAGCAUGUCCUUCCCUGAGUGAGAGUACUCUCAAAUGGAGUGACCAGUGUCUAGUGCGUAGCCUGUGGAGUGCAUCAUACUGAUAGAGGAUGUAUCACACAUCAGCUCCUUGAAACGAGUCUUCCUUGGGCUCAGUUCAUUGUCCGUUCUGUGUGGAUGUUUGCUCUUUCCUGUAUUGACAUCUGUGGUUUUGAGUUUCUGCGCAGUGUAGUCCCUGUAUCUCAUACCCUGCACGCUGCUCGUAGUUCCCAUUCACGUUCAGGCUGGUGCAUUGUAGUCUAGCAGGACAAACACGUAUCUUUUCUGCCUCUUAACCAUACGCUUCUUGGCCUGGUCCUGCUACAGGAUGUCAUUUCAGCACAGUACUGGCAGAGCGCCUCUGUUUGCCUUUACACCUACGAGGGCAAUGGAUGGCAGUACUGCAGAAGAGCCUCUGUUUCGGCAGUUUCCAAGAGGGUUUUUAUCAAGUAGCUAAUCCUGUGCAAUGGUCUGCUGUCGGCACUGUUCUCAUUUGCUGUCCAAAACCUUUCAUCCCCACCCUGGCACCGACAGUGUGGGGCUAGAUGUGAGCUUAUCGAACUAGCAGCUUGGGGAGCAUGGUCAUCGUGUCCCUCUCUGACGGGGAUAAAAAGAUUCACUUUUGGAGCCCAUGUUUGAACCCUGAGCAACGGGGCUGCAAGUAGAAACUGACUCAACUGUAUCUGGGAAACCUGGAGUGGCGGGAGAAGUGGAAUUGUGUCCAAAAUUUAGUUAAUAGAAUAGCUGAAUAACUUUUCCUUCCAACUAACCUCCCAGAGGCAUUGAUCCUAGAUUUCCUUUCCCAGGGGAAUCCUUUGGGCAGACUGUCCAAGUAAAUGAGUCACUUUUCCAGGCCUUCCUUUCUUCUAAGCUACUGUCCACCAGGGUCUCCCUGGGAUAACCCAGUAAUCAGCAGGUUUUGUCUCCAGUCUGACCCAGAUCUUAUUCCCGCUGAGGGCAGUAAGGUAUGAGGGAAAGGAGACCUUCCCACCAUCUUCUGCUGCAGAUAGAAGAAGGGGGAAAGACAUGCACUUUGUACAUUUCAACUACAGAAAUUGUGACUUCUGUCUUUUGGAGAGUCUCUUGCUUAGGCGAUGGUCUGUAAAUAUUACUCUUUUUGUUUUUAUAAAUGUCAUUAACCCUC